AUGCCUCCUUUAACAUCGGCGGAUUACGACGUAAUAGGCACUAUCGGCCAUGGGUGUUUUGGCACCAUUCGCAAGGUCAAAAGAAAGCAGGAUGGGAUAGUGCUCGCACGGAAAGAGAUUUCAUACGUCAAGAUGGGGAGUACCGCGAAGAAUCAACUUGCUUCUGAGUUCGAAAUCCUCGCAUGUCUAGAUCAUCCGAACAUUGUUAAGUACUAUCAUCGAGAACACAUUAAGAGCGAGAGCAGCGUUCAUUUAUACAUGGAAUAUUGCGGUAACGGCGAUCUUAGUGGUCUAAUCAAAAAAGCGAAAGAGAGCGGAAACUCGUUUCCCGAGAGUUUUAUCUGGACGGUAGUUACGCAACUUACCACGGCUCUCUAUCGCUGCCAUCAUGGGAUCGAUCCCCCAGAACUGAGUGACCUGUUCUCUUACAAAAACACGACUCCUCCUACUCCCCGUACCGAGAGUGAAGAGAGAGAUUUAAUCAAGGUACUCCAUAGGGACUUGAAACCUGAGAAUAUCUUCGUCAUGGCGGACAAUUCUAUCAAGAUCGGAGACUUCGGUCUCUCAAAAAAACUUGCACCAGGAAAUAUGUUUGCGGAAACCUAUGCAGGAACCCCAUAUUACAUGUCUCCCGAGAUUUCCAGCGGCCGUCCUUACACGGUCAAAUCUGAUAUUUGGUCUAUGGGAUGCAUUAUAUAUGAGUUGUGUACCCAAGAACUCACGUUUACUUCAAAUACCCUGCCUGGCCUCAUAAAUCUGAUCGGGAAAGGAAAAUAUAAACCGAUUCCAGUCAGGUACUCUAAGCGUCUUCGUGACCUGGUCGCUAGAUGUCUAUCCGUUGAUCCGGAUAGCAGACCAGAUUCGGCAGAACUGUUGGAAGAUGAAACAAUCAAGGUGUUCCGCCGUGAAUUACAAAUCUUGGAAGUGAGCAAAUUGCUUAAGCGGCGCGAAGAGGAUUGCCUCCGUAAAGAAGCGUACCUCGAAGCCAAUGCGAAGACCCUAGAACAGAGGUUCAUCGAAAGGAGACAGCGACUUGAGCGGGAGAUCAACGGGAAGAUUAGAUCUGAUUGGGAAAUAAGGGCGGAAUCAGUGAUAAAGGAGAAGGUCGAAGAGGCGAAAUUUCUGAUGAGAGGGGAGCUAGAAGCUGAAUAUCGGGAGAAAUUCAACCAAACUGUUGAGCUCGAAGUUCAGGCUCGAAUUGCACGGAUGGACUUGGUUCCAAGAUCUUAUGCCCUAGCUGGGGGCGAGCCAUUUACAGAAUCUGCAUUCAACCAAAAGAUCGAAGUCGAGGUACAGAAACGGAUCGCACAGAUGGACUUAGUUCCACGCACUACCAGCCUAUCCAACAGUAACUCCCGCAGUGACUCCGGAUACGCUGGAUCAACAAGUCCCACCAGAGCUAAUUUCCCUAAUCUUCCCCCUGACUCACCAGCCGAUAUAAUGAUGGAGUCACCCUCACCCCAUGCAGUUGCUACCCCGGGUCAGAAACUAUCUACGGCACGGGUCCUACACGGCCCUCCUCCUAGGAUGCCAUUCGGUCACGUAUCCUAUACCUUCGCGGAUUUCACUAAUACGCUGUCGCAUGGAGUUCAAACGGUCUGGGGCAACCAACCGGCAACACAGCCGGAGACCGAAGAUAAUACGAGCUCCAACCUCUUCGGAAUGCAGCCUCUUAAGUCCCCCACCAAUGGCCAAUUGAGCUUAGCAACCAAACGCAACAUAUCAACAAAUGCCAAUGGGUCGCCUACUCGUGUUGCACCUAGAGCGAGAUAUGGUCUCCAGAGGGCAGAGACGACCGGAGGUGCUGUUGGUUCGGCCCGGCUAAUGGCCGGCUUUGGUGUUAAUGGCACCGGGUCGACCGACGAUAUCGCCACUGUCAAGCCAAACACGACGGGUGCUGUUAAGCCCAAGAGUUUGAUCGAGAUCAAUCUAGAAGCUCGGCUGAAGUUCGGCCCGCCGGUCGUCUGGGCGAAGGAAAAUCCUGCGGAUCUUCCAUCCCCGUUCAAAAAACCGUGA